UAAAUAUCCAUUCACUGGAAAAAGCAACAUGAAACGAUUCGUAUCGCUUCUGAUCGCCUUCUAUUUUCUUUAUCAUGCCUCAGCUCAAAAUAUUGCUUGUUAUUACGAUAGUCAUGCGGCCAGCUAUGCAAGUCCGUUACUUCCAGAUGCAUUGAUUGCCGCAAAUUGUACCCAUUACAUCUACAUUGGGAUUGGAUUAACUGUAAAAGGAGAAAUUCGCUUCUUAAACGAAAGUUUUGAUACGGCUAGUGGUUUCUUAUUUUUCCAAUACCUGCGCACUCCCGCAACGAAACUAUUGAUCCUGCUUGGGGGAAUCUAUGAAAGCAGUGCUACAUUUUCAACGGCCGUUGCGAGCUACUCGGACACCCUUAUCAAUAACAUAGCCCUGUUCCUGACCCGUUAUAACUUUGAUGGCAUCGACAUUGACUGGCGCUACCCGGGAAGUCAGGGCGGACAACCAAUUGACAAGGUCAAUUUCCAAAAAUUUAUCACUCGACUUCGGGCUAGGCUCAAUAUGAUAAACAAGCUGUUAGUGGUAUCCGUUUCACCGAACAAGAGUGUGUUCGAGAAAGCCUACGAUAGCAUCACGCUGAGUUUGUACGCCGAUAUGAUCAACGUGUAUGCAUUCAAUUUCACCGAUGAAGCGGAAAACAGGACGCACAACUUGGCUCCAAUGUACUCCGACUUUACAAGCCCAACAAGCGUGAACUCAUCAAUCUUUGAUUGGAUGUCGACCAAGGUGCGUAAAGGCAAAAUCAACAUUGUAGUGGCUACGUACGCCCGCACGUACACGUUAGCGAGGGCAACUCGCACCACCGUUGGAUCGCCGAUUAGUGGACCAGGAAUUGCCGGUUCGAACACCCAACAGGCGGGCUAUUUAGCACAGUAUGAGCUCUGUGAUCUUAAAAGCGAUUACAUCAGCGUUACCAAUGAAACCACCCAGACCGUUUACUUCACCAAGGACUUGAGCUGGAUUAGUGCGGAAACGGCCGACACGCUGGUUCAAAAGUACGUUUUCGUGCUCGACAACGCUUUGGGUGGGGCAGCCAUCUAUUCGCUCGAUUGGGACGAUUGGAAGAACGCCUCAGGAAUGGGCUCAUUUGUGGCUGCUGCUCUGGCACAAGAGUAUUUCUACUCCGGUACGAACGUGGCUUGAAUUUAUUGAUUUCACUUGUAAACUUUAAACCAUUUUGUAGGCACAUGGUUCAUGAUUCUUUGCAUAU